GUUAUUAUGAACUUCCCAAGCUCCCACUUAACUGAGGGAAUAAAGAUGUUCUUCACAGUGUCUCUGGCCAUCAGUUUUCCACUGAUGAUAUUUCCUUGCCGAACUUCAAUCCAUUCUCUUCUCUAUCGCAGGGUACACAUUGGUGCACACAGCAGUAAUGCGCCAGAGAGCAACCCAUCAAGCUAUGAUUUAGUUGGAAAUUAUAUGCCUGAAGCACGGUUCAAAGGCAUAACUCUUGGCAUAUUACUUACAAGCUUGGUUGUUGGGAUUCUCAUUCCAAACAUUGAAUUAGUGUUAGGCCUACUAGGGUCUACUAUGGGCAUGUUAAUCGCCUUGAUCCUGCCUUCACUUCUUUUUAUCAAAGUGAACUCCAAAGCAUCAGCUGAGAGAUUGUUAGCACAGGGUAUUAUGCUAAUGGGCCUUGUACUUAUUGUGACUGGAACAUAUCUUAAUAUGGCACACAUGAAUGAGGUCCAAAAUAUAUCUGAAGUUGGACCAACUGAAAGUCUUGAAAAACUUAAAUUGGAUCUACAAAUUCCCCAGACAGGAGAUAUUGCAAAAUCAGCUGUAGGAGCUUCACAGUCUGCUGACAACUCUGCCACUAGGAAGGAACCAGUGGCACCAGAACCCCCCCCGGAAGAGACUGAGAAAAAAGACAUCCUUUCAGAACAGAAACUGGAGCAAACAGAUGAAAAGGGAGAACAAAAGGGAGAGGAUAAACCUGCCGAGAAUAAAGCCAAGAAAAAUAGUCAAGGCUUGGAUGCUAAAGAUGAUAGUCUAAGAAAAACUUUGGAAGUUAAAGAUGAUAAAAGUCUAGGAGAUACUCUACACCCUGAUGCAAUUAAGAAAGAAGAAAAAGAAAAUAAAGAAGAAGGAGAUACUGAGAAGAAGACACAAGUAGAUCAGAUAGAAAAGAAGCAAGCAGAACUUUUGGAGAAAAUAGAAGAACAGCAGCAAGAACAAAAGAAGAUCCUGGCUGAGCAGAAAGAAAUUCUAAAGGAAUUAAAGGACCACAAAAAUAAACAGGAAGAAGAUGCAAAGAGAAAGGAUUUGGAACUCCAAGGGAAUAGUGCUGCAAAACCACAUCUUAAUAAUGUCCCUGCUAAUCUUCAAGGACAUGCAGACCCAGCUAUUUUGAUUCAGAAUCCGGGAGAACCAGUGGUUUCUCAUGAUCUGAAGUCCUCACUUCUGAAGGAUAAUCCAGAAGCUUUGCAUGCAUUUGAUAAUUUGCAGCCUAAAAAUGCAUAUCAAAUCAAUCCACAAGUUCCAAAUCAGCCAGCUGAAUUGAAUGCAUACCACAACAGCCAGAUUAAUUCAGGUAUACAGAUACCUCGGGUAGACACCGGAGCAGCAGAAACAAGGCCACAAGAAUCAGAAAUGGGUAAAUCUGCCAUACAAAAAGGCAAACAGGUUGUACAGGGAGACAACCAGCCUAAACUGGCAAAUAAAAAGUUACCAAACACCAGUAACCAAGGGCAUGUAGUGAAUGUUGCAGGAUAUGCUGGUGGCCAAGUAGCAUAUAUUGGAGGUCAGGAAGAUUUUAGAGGUAAACAAGAAGUGCCUUUUGGUAACCAAGCAGCAUAUCUUGGAGGUCAGGUUGAUUUUGGAGGUAACCAAGAAGUGCCUUUUGGUAACCAAGCUCCAUCUAUCAAUAAUAAGCUACCUGUACUCCAAACUUCAAUUGGUAAUGAGGCAGUUAGACUUGAGUACCAAGGUCCUCCUCCCAACAACAUUAAUGAAGGUCCAAUCAGUUCAGCACAAAAGCUAAAUGAACAAGUUGCAGAUAGUAAGACAGGUCCCGCAGGUAUACCUGGAAAAGAUAUUAAAAUGUCAGGUCAGAGAGAAGAUCCAGCAACAGGAAAUAUGCAGGUAGAUCCUAUACAAAGUGAAAAGAAAGACUCAACUUUAAUUGGUGUGGGGAAAAAAUCAUUGGACAUUAAUGCUCAGAAAGCAGCAGCUGCCCAUUUAGAUUCAGAUUUAAAUUUAAAUACGUUGGAAGAGCAACAAUCCAAACAAGUCAGACCUCCCAUGAAAGUUCCAGUUAUCAAAAGCUACAUUCAGAAAGAGACUCAAAAACAGGGACAUGGACUUAAGUUCAAUAUUGAGAAACUAGAGAGUGAAAAGGUUAUACCUAGUUCCCAAGAUAAAGAAAAAGAUAAGGUAAUUAUGAAGAAGAUGAAGGUUACAGAAGAAGAUAAAAGAGAGAAGAAAAAUAAUGCUCAUGAUGAAGAACGACGUAAAAGACAUGUUGAAGCACCAUACAGUCCAGAUUUCCCAGAGCUGGACCUUUUAAAAGAAGUUGUAAGGAAGGACAUUGGAGAUGUUGCAUAUGAUACUCGUCAUCUCUUAUGGACACAUAGGAGACGUAAAAAGAAGCGUCCCAACAAGAAUCGCGAUUAUCAAUACUGGGAUGAAACUUGAAUUUAAUUUGCCUCUUGGAAAGAUGUGUUAUAUACCUCAUAAUGCAAAAAAAGUUAUAUUGUAUUAAGCUUUUAGAUAUGUGGAAUUUUUACCAACCACAAGGACAGAGAACUUGAGGAUUAAAACGAGAGGUUCUGUAGAAAUGCUUAGUUUGGGCAAGAGGAAUUCAAGGUACAUGUUUUCACUGCAAGCUGACUUAUUAUAUCAAAAGAUGCCUGUGAUAACACAUUGUAUCUAACAGGGUAUAUAACUUAUCAGUCUUCCAAAGGUUUUGAAAAUCUAGCUAUUCUCCAUCAGUUGUAGGAUGUCAUUGGCAACAUUACAUUUGUUAGAAAGGGCUCAUAUAUUGUUAUGCAGUAUGCCUAGAAAUGAUUUUAAUCAUGAUUCAGAUAUCUUUUCUCAUUCCUUCAGUAUUUUAAAUACCCGGGAAAUGUGUUCUCAAAAACCCUAAUGUCUUGAAAAUAUAUUUAUAUAUGAAAUGGUAGAUUUGUACAGUAUAUUGAAAAACAUUUUCUAAAUUCAGGUGUGCACAUAGUAUAGAGAUUGUGCAUUCCACAUCGCAUUUAUACCAUUACAUUGUCAAUGAACUGCCAUUCAUAUAAAGGUCAGACAACAUUAUUUUAUGAAUUUGAUAAUGCACAAAAUCUGUUUUAUGGCCUCCAAUUUUGAGUUUCUGUUGUAUGAAAAUAUUUAGUCUGUUUCCUGAGCUGCAGCCUUUUGUUCAUAUUUUAUUUUCCAGUUGUGUGAAUUAUCUCCCCAGCAAUGCCUGAAUUUCUGUUCUAAAUAGUAUAUAACUCUCUCCUCUCCUCUCCUCUCUCUUCACUCUUCUCCUCUCUCUCUCUUCACUCCUCUCCUCUCUCUUCACACCUCUCCUCUCUCUCUCUUCACUCCUCUCCU